ACAGGGAGGGAGCACACACACAGUACCAGACAUGGCAGGUGAAUGCACUCUCUCUCCUUCUCAGCACAAGUUUCCGCCACUUUAGUUGAUGGGUUCCACAGACGGCGCGGCGCCUUGAGCUUCAUCACACGGGGAGUGUAGAGAUGUAUACCUGGGCAUGAAGUAAACACACCGCAUGCUGAGCGCUCUUCAAGAAGGACGUGGGGCACCUUUACUUCUACCUUUGGAGCAAAGCAACGGUGGUCAGCAGCCCACCUUCUCACCAGACCCCUUCUUCUCCUGGGAUGGAUUAACUCUGCAGGAGCCGCUACCUCUCCCAGGUCAAGAUGCCGGUGAUGAAGGGUCUGCUUGCUCCCCAAAACACCUUCCUGGACACCAUUGCUACCCGAUUUGAUGGCACCCACAGCAACUUCCUGCUGGGCAAUGCCCAGGGCCAUCGCGGCUACCCCAUUGUAUACUGUUCGGAUGGCUUCUGUGAGCUCACGGGCUUCGUGCGGACAGAGGUCAUGCAAAAGAACUGCAGCUGCCGCUUCCUGUACGGGCCAGAGACCAGUGAGCAUGUAGCACAACAGAUGCAGAAGGCCCUUGAGGGGAGAGAAGAAUACCAGACCGAGGUGAAAUUCUACAAGAAGAAUGGGACCUCUUUCUGGUGCUUGCUGGAUAUCGUGCCCAUCAAGAAUGAGAAAGGAGAGAUGGUGCUGUUUCUGUUCUCCUUCAAGGAUAUUACUGACACGCACGGAAAAAAUCACCAUGGCAGCAAGAAGGAAGAAGACAAGAAACGGAGCAGGAAGACCAACAGCUCGCACUUCACGGAGGCCAGGCGGAGGGGGCGCACUGUGCUCUACCAACUGACCAGUCAGUUCUCCAGAAGAAGCAAGAGCGAGGUCAAACUAAGCAGCGAUGUGUUUGAGAAGCCGUCCCUCCCGGAAUACAAGGUGGCGGCGGUGCAGAAAUCCCGCUUCAUCCUGCUGCAUUACAGCGUCUCCAAGGCGCUGUGGGACUGGAUGAUCCUGCUGGCCACCUUCUACGUGGCCGUCACCGUGCCCUACAAUGUGUGCUUCACCACGCCCGAUGACCUGGAGACGGCAUCGCGCAGCACCAUCGUCAGUGACAUCGCCGUGGAGAUGCUAUUCAUCCUUGACAUUGUUCUGAACUUUCGCACCACCUACGUGAGUCAGUCCGGCCAGGUGGUGUACGACGCCCGCUCCAUCUGCAUCCACUACGCUGCGACCUGGUUCUUCGUCGACCUAAUUGCAGCUCUGCCGUUUGAUCUCCUCUAUGCAUUCAACAUCACCGUGACUUCUUUGGUCCACCUGCUGAAGACGGUGCGCCUGCUGCGACUGCUGCGGCUGCUCCAGAAACUGGACCGGUACUCCCAGUACAGCGCUAUGGUGCUAACACUGCUCAUGUCCAUGUUCGCCCUUCUGGCUCACUGGAUGGCCUGCAUCUGGUACGUGAUUGGCCGCAAGGAGAUGGAGAGCAAUGAUCCCGUCACCUGGGACAUCGGUUGGCUGCAUGAAUUAGGGAAACGACUGGACACCCCCUACACCAACAGCACGCUGGGGGGCCCUUCCCCACGGAGCGCCUACGUCGCUGCGCUCUACUUUACCCUCAGCAGCCUCACCAGCGUGGGCUUCGGCAACGUCUGCGCCAACACGGACGCCGAGAAGAUCUUCUCCAUCUGCACCAUGCUCAUCGGGGCCCUGAUGCAUGCAGUGGUGUUCGGAAACGUGACGGCUAUCAUCCAGCGCAUGUACUCGCGCCGCUCGCUCUACCACACGCGCAUGAAGGACCUGAAGGACUUCAUCCGCGUCCACCGGCUGCCCCAACAGCUCAAGCAGCGCAUGCUGGAGUACUUCCAGACCACCUGGUCCGUCAACAACGGCAUUGAUGCCAACGAGCUUCUGCAUGACUUCCCGGACGAGCUGCGUGCCGACAUCGCCAUGCACCUGAACAAGGACAUCCUGCAGCUGCCCGUGUUCGAGAGCGCCAGCCGCGGGUGCCUGCGCUCUCUCUCCCUGCAUAUCAAGACCUCCUUCUGCGCCCCCGGGGAGUACCUCAUCCGCCACGGCGACGCCCUGCAUGCCAACUACUUUGUCUGCUCGGGCUCCCUGGAGGUGCUGAAGGACGGCAUGGUGUUAGCCAUCUUGGGGAAGGGGGAUCUCAUAGGGGCAGACCUUCCAGGGCAGGAGCAGGUGAUCAAGACCAAUGCUGACGUGAAGGCCUUGACGUACUGCGACCUCCAGCACAUCAGUGUGAGGGCGCUGAGAGAGGUGCUGGAGCUGUAUCCGGAAUAUGCUCUCCGCUUUGCAGACGACAUUCACCACAGCCUCACCUACAACCUGAGGGCAGGCAGCGAGGCGGAGGGUUUGACCAGGUUUUCACGGUCACCAAGGGUCCCGCACCGGCUGGACCACAGCGGCCAUCCGGAGCACAAGCUGCCCUGCGCAGGGGGACACGCUGACCGGCACGAGGACCACUUCCAUCUCUCCCCGGCCUCUAAGUCGCGCCGGAACCUCAUGCUGCCCUCCUUGGGCAGUCCAGUGCGACGCACCUCACUGGGCAGCCUGCUGGGCGACGAACUCCGCCAGUUUAACGCCCUGCGCCGCUGCCGCUCCCCUGCCCGGGGCUGUCGGGCCCGCAGCCCUUCCCCCAGCCAUCAGUCCAGGGCGGAGCACCACCGGCCCCCCCAGACCCCCUCGCGAGGCUCUGUGCACGACGCUGGAAACAGUCAUAAGCCCUCCAAGCUGCCGAUACCCUCACUGAACUGUUUUGGCCCCCCUGACCUCAGCCCCAGAGUCGUGGACGGCAUCGAAGACAACGGGCGGACGUUUCACUUCAACGUGGAGAGGAACGGCGCCAGAGCCAGCGGUAAUCGACCUCCAGACAGCAGCCAGGUAACCGCCACUCUGCUUUUGGAGACCGAGGAGGUGAGGCAGAGCGUGUGCCAGCUGAACAAAGAGAUGAGUCUCCUGAACCAGGAAGUGGCCCAGCUGACCAAGGAGCUCCACCACAUGAUGCACUUUCUGCAGACCCACGUAGCCGUGCAGCACUACACCUCAACCCUUUCCACCUACCCCUAUGGGGUGCAUGUGGUCUCCAACCCCUCCACCAGCAGCAGCAUGGCCUACAAUGUUGCGGGCGGCCUACACCUGCACCACGAGCCGCUGAGCCACCACGCCGGGGGGGUGUGGAGCUUCGGCGGGGCCCACGGGAACACCAGCCAGGCCAGGGGGGCGGCGAUGUGCCCGCCGGCCGAGACAGAGAACUGCCAUUUGGUAGAUCACUUCCAUCAUACGCCCAGCCCCAGGUCCUCAUGCCUACAAACACCGUGCUUUACCUCAUCUCCACAAUCACCAUAUGGAGCUAGCAUUCCUGUCAACCUUCGUCAUUCCCAUCCCAGCCUGGGCCACCAGCUACCAGCCAGCUACGAACACACGUUCUCCACAUCUACCAUACCCACCUCCGCCCAUUCCACCAUGACAGACCACAGCAGGUACCCGCACCUUCACGUAUCCACAAAACCCCUGCUGCAUCCAGCUGGCUCUAAGCAAAGCGACCUUGCAGCCAGUUCUGCCCCUCUUCACCUCCUGGACACAUGCAGCCUCCUGGAAGUUCAUCUCCCUGCCAACCCACCCAACUCGGGUCCUGCUUCUGUUCACAGGCAGCCGUCGGUCACCUCUCUGGAUUCAGGGCCAUCCAGACAGGACAUCAGUGACUCUGACCAUCCUUUGGGUGACUCUGCUGGUGUGGAGCACAUCAGUCUGGAGUGUCUGCUGAGUGAGCAGAGCUCGCUCGGGAGGAGGGACAGCGAGACCCCAAAGUCUCGGCGUUCCAGUGUCGGCAUUCAGACAUCAGACACUGAGCCCUUCUGGACUAUAGACAUGGCUGACUAGCGGGAUCGGGGCAGAGCUUACUGUUGAGGCCUGAGCUCCAUUUGCACACGUGGGGUUUACACACUUGUUAUUGUCUGAGGUGGAUUUUGGGGCAUUUAAAAAAAAAAAACUACAUUCUGCUUUUUUCUGAUAUAGGUGUUUGAGAUUUGCUUGGUAUUCAGGUGGCUCACAUUCAUGCCAGUUGCAGCUCCUCUAUGCAAAAGCUCAUUAUUUCCUCCUCACAAUUACAUUCUUGUGUGCAUCUCCAUAAACACAUAUGAAUAGUACUCUGUUUCUGAUCUGAAGUUCAUAGUCCUCUGUGCUAUUUUUACAGUUCACGUACACCAUUUGACACAAAUAAACAUUUACAUUUAGUGUUUUAAUUAUCUUCAGGUUAAAUCAAGGGGAAAAUAAGCUUUUUUUUGUUAAGCUUUUCCAAAAAGAUUUUUUCUAUCCAUGUAGUAUCUAAUGUAGUGAAUUAUUAUGAUCUACUCCAUUUUAGUAGCAAUCUUUGGUGCAACAAGGUACUUCAUGACAAAACAGAAUCACUGGCCGUGCAGUUUCUGAAGAGCCGAUGGGCUUGUUGCGAUGGAGAGAAGGUACGACAAAUAUACUGUACAGGUACCUGCAUCCGGGUACCUCAGCUCCCCAUCAACCUUAUAUUCACCUUUUGACAUAGUUGCAUCACAAAAAUGCUGUUUCUCAGUACUAUCUUACCAUCUCGAAUGGUAAAUAUCCUCAGAUUUGGUUUUUCCUAAGGAAAAGGCAUCCAAAUGAAAUGUGUUAACAUUAUGGACUUUAAAUGUUCUUGUAAGAGUGUUGAGUGGAUGGUUACUGCCAUCAACACACUCACUAAAUCAGUACUAAAUGACACUUGAAGCUUCGUUUUUUUUUUUUCCAAGUAGCUGAUGAAUAAUAACAAACCAUUUGCCUUGUUAAAAAAUUUUAUACAUAUCGAAUGUUUUUAAUUUAUGAGAAAGGAUGCAAUACUUGACGGGUUUUUGAGUUUUGUAUUGGGUUCAGGGGACCCUAACUAAUGAAGAUUUCUUGCUUUCAGUCCUACCUUUCGUAGCCGGUACCAUUAACGCAUAAUACCAACAUUUAGAUCAGACAUCUGCGGACGUGGUAAACAAAGGGACAGCUUUUGGGCGCACUCCACAAUGAGCUGUGGCCGCCUUCCUCCAGCUGUGCCCGACCCUCAUUGAUCCUAAAGGUUGGCCCAGGGUGUCAUGCAGCUGAUUGCCAAUGUAAUGCGCACCCCAGUGUGUUUCCCCCACGAUGACAGCCCCCUAGCGUGAUCAGUUAACCAUUUCCGUUGUGCGUUUGCCUUCGCCCCAAAAAAAAUAUCUGUACAAAUUCUACUACUACUACAAGAAAACUCAUCCCCAUCCUGUGCCCAAGUAUCCUUCUCAGUGAGAUUUGGUGGAUUACAUACCCUGUCUGAUACUUGCAAAUGAAUUUAGAGUCAGAUGAAUGGAGGUCGUGAUGUUUUAGGACCUCCUUGGGUAUUAAAGACAAAUUGCAUGCGAGCAUGUCAACACGACCGAUGCGGACCAGAGUACAGUCAUCUGCUCAGGCAGCUGCUGAAUCUCCGGUACUUUAGGGCUUGCUGAGUUCCUUCUUAAUUCAACUGGCUUUGUUACUUGCAUGAUUGGUUUAGGAGAUGUCUGCUCGUUCAUAGAUUCAGUAAAACCUCAGCCAUAAGCCGACAGUGGUCACAGCCUCAUCAAAACAUUAAAUUUCUAAAAUUAAAUAAAACACAUUAUAAAUAAAACACAUUUCGGUUUGAAGUACAAACCGACUACAUAUUAGGCGGAGAUACGGGAAACCGUAGUUGUGUAAAACAUGCUUCUGUAGUUUCACAAAACUAUAAACAAUUUUCAUCUCAACAUUUGUCUGUAAUGAAGACACCACACAAACAAGGAUGUAUAAGGUCUGUAUAAAAAUGUGGAGAAGCACUAAAGAAUGCUGCUUAUUAUGCACGCCAUUGAUGCAGCACUUUAAAUAAGUCUCAUGAACAGCCCUUCAUAAGUCAGUAAAAAACCCUGAGAGGCCUCAGAUGGGCAUGCCCCAAGUUAUGUACUCAUACAGGUACACAAGCUUUACGCAGAUUAAAAUUUGUCUAAAUGGGAAUGCAUUCUACCGUAUAUUUGCACUAAUUUCUGCUAUCGCUAUUAUUAUCAUGAAUAUUAUUACAGUACUGUAAUAAUAAAACAAAUACAAUAUCAUUAUAUUAUACUUUAUUUUCAUGUUGUAUUGCAAGCAACCAGCAUGGGUUUAAAUAAUAAUGCUUGCAAUUAAAAAAAAAAAACAGAAUAAGGGGCCCAUUACAAUUACAAAGUAAUGCAAAAUGGCAGGGAGGAUCCUAGCCCUGCGUCGUUUAUAUGGUGUUGGCUGAUACAAAGUCUCAUUUCAAUCAAAUUUUAAUUGAAAUGUGUCAUAUUAAUCUAUUUUGGAAAGUCCCUAUAUACGUUUAUUUGCAGUGCACACAAAAUAGGAAUUAAACAGAAGCAUCUCAAAUAUCAGAGUAACAUAAAUAAGGAAUGAUAUUUUUAAAGUUAUAGAAUGUGACCAAAAAGUUCCAAAAGGAACAAUGAAACUUACUGGGAUUAUAUAUUAACAAAAACACUAAGUAGGCCUAUAUAUGCCAAAUGAACAUUGUUUGUGUUUAGAAGCCAUGAAAUGUGUAUUUUAGCUUAUAUAUCUGACUCCACCCAUUUUGAUUUUAUCAGCAGGAAUGAGCCAAACAAACAGCAAAUAUAUUUGGCUGCAAAUUAUCCAUGCAGACGUAUUAACAUAUGUGCACUGCGUGACUGGAUGUGGUUUGCGUGUAAAAUCUUUUUAUUCUUUUAUGAAUUAUUGCUCUGUUAAAGAGCUUCCGUCUAGGAAGCACCACGAAGCCGUGUGAGCAUCCAGCCCAGCAGAGUACGGCCUCCUGCCAGCUCACACUCACGUGAGGUGACAUGUCCUGCAGAACGUUCGCUGUUUUAAUUUCCUCUGGGAUGGGGUGGCACGGCGACUUUACAGCAUGCCUAGUGAAGUUAGCGGAGUAAAACAUCCCCGUUUGCAUUGCCUGGAAAAGCUGGUAGAGGGAAACUCAUGAUAUGGUCCUAUGCAACUUCUAUGUAAAUGUCACAAAUGCUUAGAAUGUACUUUGUCUCCAACCUAAAGAAAUGCGCAUUACUGGUUGUACAAGAGAGCAAAUACUCAUUAAAUGAUACACCAAUGAAUCUAUAUCUUUGAAUAUUACCAGUUACUCAUUUAACCAAAAUUGUAGUGUUUCCUCCUCUAGAAUACAUAUGAAUGCUGUUCUUCAAUGUUAUGAUUUCUCCAUAAUAAAAAGGUAGAGUUUCCAACUAUCCAACAUGAAUUCAGUUCAGUUCGCAUGAAAAAAAAAAUACAACUGAAUGUUCCUUACUGCUCGUUUAUUUUUUAAAUUAAUUUAGAUAUUGAGCAUGCAGAAUGACCAGCUGUAAUGUU